AUGGGUCCAUCAAACCGUGUUAGAUCUGCUCAUAUGGAAGAUACAAAAGGGAAAGGUAUUAUUUAUGAGGAUGACGAUGAGCCUAUUAUGUUGGAGGAACAAGAUGAUUCUCAUACAAUCCGAAAGUUUCGUAUGUCUCUCAUUGGAAAAUUUCUCAAUCCUAAAAAUCAGAAUGUUGAGAAACUGCUACAAUUUAUGCCCACUCAAUGGAAAAUGGAAGAUCGUAUCACUGCGAAUGAUCUUGGUAAUGAGAAGUUUCUGUUUAAUUUCUCAUCAGAGGAUGACAUUCAAGAAGUUCUAAGGCAAGGUCCUUUUCACUAUAACUUUUGUAUGUUUGGCUUGGUGCAAUGGGAACCCAUUGUGCAUGAUGACUAUCCUUGGAUCAUCCCAUUUUGGGUGGAGAUUACCGGCAUACCUCUUCAUCUAUGGACUGUGAAGAACAUUGGUGGGAGACUUGGUCACAUUGAUACUAUGGAGUUAUCUGCGGGUAGGCUGCUAAUAGAUGUUGAUUAA